AUGUCUGACAGAAGGGAAAUAUCCAACAAUGCUGAUCAUAUUGUUUGGAUUGAUAUGGAGAUGACUGGACUUGAUAUAGAAAAGGAUCAUAUAUUAGAAAUUGCCUGCAUUGUAACAGAUAAGACAUUGAAAGUUAUAAGCGAAGAAUUAAAUAUUAUAAUACAUCAAUCAAGUACAAUUUUAGAUAACAUGAAUGCAUGGUCUAAGAAACAGCACAAAAUAAGUGGAUUGACAGAAAAGUCCUAUUUAAGUACAAUCUCAUUAAAAGAUGCUGAAAAGAUGGUGCUUAACUUUUUACAAGAAUAUAUUCCUAAAGGUGUAUGUCCAUUAGCUGGCAAUUCAGUCUACAUGGAUCGUUUCUUUUUAUACAAAUACAUGCCGUUAGUUAAUGAUUAUUUGCACUACAGGAUUAUUGAUGUUAGCACAAUCAAGGAAAUUGUCAGAAGGUGGAAUCCAAGUGUAUAUAAAUCUGUACCAAAAAAAGAACUUAAUCAUAGGGCUUUAGAUGAUAUAAAAGAAAGCAUUAAGGAACUUGCUCAUUAUCAAAAAUAUAUAUUUGAACUUAAAAGUGAUAUUGGUAGUAGUGGUAGUCAGACACCAUCGCCUAGCGGCGAUUGCGUAAAAUAUCUCGAUUCGAAUUCUCCAACGGAUGCUUGCCUGACUUCUGGCGUGUGA